AAGCCCUAAGUACAACUCUGGCGUGUGCCUGGGACCGCAUGGUGAUUGCGCAAAGCUCGAGUCUGGAUACGGGCUGCUCCGCUAUGCUGCUUAGGAUAUUCACGAGUACCUAAAUUCAGGCUGGGGCUAAGGAUCCUAAGGACUCUUCCCAAGGCUUCCCACCCGGAGUGACCCAUGAUCUACCCCUGAUCUGCCCCUGGCAGAUGCCCGCUCUCCACCCACCUUCAACUUGAACUUAACUGACAGCCGCGGCACGAUGCUCAGCCUGCACUCUUUCCCCCUCAAGCAAUAACCAAACGUCAUAUUCACCAUCUACUACUCCUAUAACUGCAAGGAAAUGCAGGCUUCAGCUGUCCUUCCUGGGGGCGGUGCUUUCGGUGUAGAUGCGAUGCUGCGACGCCAUAUCUAAUAGCCUGAAUUUUGCGGCCUCCUCGUUGCGUGCCAUUCCGGAAGCUGAUCCAACCCCCUUACGCGCAAUGCGUCCGACCAUAUUCAGACGUUUGACCUUCGAGAGGGAAAAGUAAGAAAUAAACCGAGGGCUGUUUCGUCAACAAAGGGCUGUUCUUCCAGACAAUUCCUAAUGGCCGGGUCACCUGGACUGUCAGGCCGCAAUGCUCGCUUGAAGGACAAAUAAGCUGCAGCAUUGACUGUCAAUCAAGCGUCGGGUUGGGAAGGCUAAGGUACUCCUGAUGGGAGUGAACCAUUCUAUACAACAUCCCUUCUUCGGACCCAAAAAUCUGGCACGGCCGUAAGGGCCUGUCUGAGGCAGAAAAAUCGAUGCUACCUGAUGCUCGUGUGUCGAGCUGGCGUCUCGUCAGCAGGUCUUGUCCAGCCCCUGGAUACCUAAUUCAAGAUUGGGUCGUGUGAGAAACUGCGUGUCAAUCGUGACCUCCGAGGUCAAUCAGAAUCCCAAACGUCAGGAGUUCCCGGUUGACCGGCCUUUAGGAGCUCCAGGAUGCCAACAAUGAAAGCAGAAAACACAGGCCCGGACCAUCGACAGAAUGAGGCAAGCCUCAGCGAAGCACCCAGAAGUCCUAAAGCCCAACGACAGCAACAACCUAUUUUCCUUAACGGUGAGUGCGAGCUUGGUCAUUGUCUGAACCCAGGCUUUGACCGCCGGACCAGGGGAGGAGGACGGUCUGUGCCGUAAGACCGCUCGUACGGAAACUGAAUUAGAUGCUAUGCUCGAGCAUGAACAGUAACCUGCGGACGCCAAAUGGGCUCUGUUGUACCUAACCGAGGCGUGUGCCUCUCAUGCUCCUGCCGAUGAAUUGUUCCCGGCUCUCAUCGCCGGUAAUAACAGGACUCCAGGGAAUUCGCCGGAUCAUCGGCAAGAAUCGAGUUCUUACGGACUCUUGUUGCUCCUCUAGCCUGAGUGUCGGAUCGCAGUCCGCAGGAGGGUGGCAUUGCUGGCACGGAGCAGGUGCCAAUGAUUUCUGACAUUCUCGCACUGAAAGUGGUCGAUAGUAUGCAAGAGUUAGAAGAGGCUUGCCUGCGCUUAUGUGUCCUUAUCAGAACUUGCUUUAGUACUUAAAAGGGGUCUGUAGAUUCAAGUUUAGCAGGCAAGGCUGGCUUGAAAUGCAUUAGCACUCGAAUGUUAACGCCGGAGUUAAGCUGCUCGAACAGAGGCAUGAGAGCUCACAUAUCGACCGUUUUUUGCCCCCUCAAGAGAGAUGCACCUCCUUUUAUUUCACGUGCAUGUGGAACAAGGCUGCUAAUGCUUGAAGAAGCAAUCAGUUAUUGUUCGACACUGCAGUGAUUGCACUGGGGCAGGUAUAGCAUGCCUCGUGCGCUGUAAACACAGGCCACGUACAGUAGGAUUCAUCACUCAGGCUGUACUCCCACUGGCCAGGGGAGUUGGGCGCAAGUCACUCCAUGCACCGACGUCAAACAAUCAUCAUUUCUUCCGCCAACCAUUUAUUGCACCCUGGAUUUCUUGCAUAGGCGGACGGCGUUUUGUUAUGAUCCAACUCACGAAAAGCAGUCACUCCUUUUACAUCUGAUAUCGCUGCCGUUUCCGUCAUGGAUGAACUAGCGGGGUUGAACUGGUCUUCAACCCCGGGCAAUGCACAGAAACCCGCGACUUCGAACUAUUCAGCGUUUUCUACUUUAAAACCCACCCCUCCAGCCUCCGGACGUGCCUCGCCGCUGAAUCAGUCCUCUUCCAAACCCGGGUCGAAAUCCGCGACUCCUUCAAACGACAGUUUCGCGAAUUUGGUAUCAUUUGGAGGGAACUCGAACAAGAACCUCUCUCUGUUAGAGCAACAGAGGAGGUUGACGGAGGCGAAGUUACAGGAACAGCAGGCUAAGACACAGACGAUAAAGGACCAGUUUGCUGGGGGUGAUGAUCAAUUCUGGAACAAUUUGGGUAGCGGCAGGGGCACGCCCGUAGCGGAUGCUGCUCAGAAUGCACGAGAUUCUAGAAGUAACGGCGUGAAUGAUAGUGAAGACGAUGAUAUCUUUGCAGCGUUCAACCAGCCUCCUACAGCCCCCGCGGGCUCAGCGAGGCCUUCAGGACAGGCAGAAACUUUGGAAGAAGAUGACGACCCAUUUGGCCUUUCGAGUUCUGCUCCCCGGAGGGGUGAGACAGUGGCCACCACAACCACGGUUGACAACGACGACGACGUGCUUGGGCUGUUAGGACAGCCGGCACCUGCCAGACCGAAGGAGGACUCCGCCGUGCCCAGUGCCGGAACAACCGCAGGAGAAGUCCAUCCACAAGAUAAAGCGUUAGCGGAGCUUGUUGACAUGGGGUUCCCCCCAGACAAGGCUCGAGCUGCUCUUGAACAAACAGGAUCUGGUACCGAUGUCCAGGCUGCCGUGGGAUACCUCUUGAACCAUGCACACUCAGAGGCUCGGCAGAAAUCACGAAAUAGGGGUGCGGUUCAGUCAGGGGCAGACUCAGAUGGCUACCGCCGGGAUGAUGGUCCGGGACCACAAUCAUCCAUACGGCCAGAUCAGCCUCAUCAGCCUCCCAGCGGCCGGCAUGAUUUAUCUCGCGGCCCAGAAAAGGACUUCGAGCAGAUGGCUGCUGACUUUGGAACCAACUUCCUCAAAACAGCUGGUGCAUUCUGGAAACAAAGCACAAAGAAAAUGCAACAGGUUGUGCAAGAGCUGAAUGCUGACGUUGAUUCAAAUGGUCAACCCCGUUGGAUGAGAGAAGCCGAGCGUCCAGCCGAGCGUGCUCUUCGACCUUCGCAAAGAGGAGAUGAACCAGCCGCCGGUCGGCAACGUCGGCCUCCGAACGAGGCUCAAAUCCCGGCCAGUGUUACGGACGAAGCAUUGAUGCUCGAGUCCAGCCGGCCAACUCCUCCACCGCGUCCAACAGCAGCAUCACAACCACAACGGCGGGUAAAUUCUCCUGUUAAUAUGUCCCGUGGCCACUCUCCCAGCAUAAAUCCGGCUCCACGGGAGCCGCCCGUCAAGAAACAGCCUGCCUUUAUGCGGCAACAGGACCAAGCUCCGGCAGCGGCAAGCUCAAGGUCCUCUUUGAGCAGGAUGGCGGCAGAAGAACAGGCUGCGCAGGCCUAUGUCAGCUCCGCCCGACGACGGAAGCCUCCUCUAGAGCCUCAAGUGCCUGUUACAUCUUCCGAAGCAGAUCUUCUCAACGGUUCAACUACUGCAAACCCCGACAGGCAGAGACAGCAGGCAGCCGCUUCAAGUAACGUCCACGCACGUCCUCACCCACAGCCUGCGAGAGGCGUAGAGACAACAGUGCGUCCGCCACCUCCACCCCGGAAGAUUCCCCCAGUGUCCGAGCUCAGUCUAAAGGCCUCACAUUCCCACCGUGUAAAAGGCAACGAGCAUUUCAAACGCGGCGACUACUCAUCCGCACAUCAAUCCUACGCGACAUCUAUAUCCCACCUCCCGGACACGCAUCCACUUGUCAUUGUUCUCCUGACCAACCGUGCCCUGACGGCCCUUAGAAUUGGAGAGCCAAAGGCAGCCAUUGAAAACGCUGACAGGGCGAUUGCCGUUAUCGGGCCUUCGAAAGGCGAGUCAGAAAUGAUCGACUUUGGCACCGGCGACUCUCCCAAACCAAUGCGGGAAUACUACGGCAAAGCCCUCAUGCGCAAAGCCGAAGCGCUCGAGCAGAUGGAGAAGUGGGCUGAGGCGGCGGUUGUAUGGCGCGAGGCUGUCGAAGGAGGCCACGGUGGAGCUACCAGCAUCCAAGGCCGCAUUCGCGCCGAAAAGGCCGCAAAUCCAGAGGCAGCCGCAGCAGCAGCCUCAAAAGCGAAACCAGUCAGAUCUGCGGUGGAAGCUGGCACAGCUACGAAUGCCAGGAAACCCGCCCAAACAACAGGCCGCAGAGGCCCAGUGCCAAUAACGACCGCGACCACUACGACGCCAGCAGCAGCCGUUGCACGACUUCGCGCCGCCAACAUUGCCGCCGAGAAGGCGGAUGACGAGAAAUUCCGCCUCGCUGAGCUCGUGGACGCCCGUGUGCAGGCCUGGAAGGGCGGCAAAGCCGACAACUUGCGCGCCCUGCUGGGCAGCCUCGAAAACGUGUUAUGGGAGGGUUCGGGCUGGAAGAAGAUCAGCAUGGCCGACCUUGUCCUCCCGGCAAAAGUCAAGGUGCAAUACAUGAAGGGCAUCGCCAAGGUCCAUCCUGACAAGAUUCCGAUCGAUGCAACAACCGAGCAGCGAAUGAUUGCCGGAGCAGUCUUCAGCACGUUAAACGAGGCGUGGGAUAAGUUCAAGGCGGAGAAUGGGCUUUAGUAGUCGUGCUCCAGACCAGAUCCUAGAAUGGAGUCAUACUGCUUUCGUUCGUAGCUGUGACGCUCGCACCCUCCGUAUGCUCAGAAUAUGAAAUAGCAGCGGCACACGGGUCCAUCGAUUGUCGAGCUCAAUGUGGAUUUCCCGCUUCCCAAUGCCAGACUGCCGCCGCCGGCCGCUCGUAGCAGUAUUUGCCGGUCUAGGAAUAAGGUUGCCAAUGUUAAUCUAUAUCCAUAACGGCCUGCAAAUGCUGCUGGUGCUGACUGUGGUAUGUGGCAAUUAACAUGGCCCAUGUAUGCACACUGGUCGCGACAGCCUUCUUUGAACACCGCCAGUAUAUUCUGCUAGACACCCGCGGGUAUUCAACGACGAGUGUCGCCCAUUGUGCAUGCAGAACCACUGUCGCCCAUUGAGACAAAACAAAUGUUAGAUGCUCGGCGUCUGGAACACUUCGGUUCCGAAUAAUGACUUCCUCGGAAAGACCAAUGUUG